ACGGUCCUGGGUGAGGUACUGGCGCCUCCCUAAUCACGGAGGGGAGCGGGGGUCCAAGUCCUGGGGACCCCACUUAGCACGAGGGGGCGCCGUGCCACUGCAGGCCAGGACGCAGCCGGCCGGUGGGGCCGGCACGGUGCGCGGGGCGGUGCCUGGCUCGACUGCCAGCUCCGGGAUGCCGAGCUCCGCCCCGAGGAGCUGCGGCGGGCUGGUGUGCAGAUCCCGCAACCUUGAGCCCUGCCCCGAGGCCCAGUCUCCGGAGCGCAGCGCCGCCCGGGGCCGCCGCCGCAUGGGGCCAUGGUGCUGCUGCCCGGGCACGCGGAGACCCCCGACCCGGGGCCCGGCGGCUGCCGAGCGCGCGGCGGAGCGGCCCGCCCGCGGCACGUCAUCAUCAACGUGGGCGGCUGCAGGGUGCGCCUGGCCUGGGCGGCCCUGGCGCGCUGUCCGCUGGCGCGCCUCGAGCGCCUCCGGGCCUGCCGCGGCCACGACGAGCUGCUGCGCGUGUGCGACGACUACGACGUGAGUCGCGACGAGUUCUUCUUCGACCGCAGCCCCUGCGCCUUCCGCGCCAUCGUGGCGCUGCUGCGCGCCGGCAAGCUGCGGCUGCUGCGCGGCCCGUGCGCGCUGGCCUUCCGCGACGAGCUGGCCUACUGGGGCAUCGACGAGGCGCGCCUGGAGCGCUGCUGCCUGCGCCGCCUGCGCCGCCGCGAGGAGGAGGCGGCCGAGGCGCGCGCGGGGCCGGCGGGGCGCGGGGCGCCGGGGAGCCCGGCGCGCGCCCUGGGACCCGGGCGGCUGGAGCGUGGCCGGCGGCGCCUCCGCGACGUGGUGGACAAUCCGCACUCGGGGCUGGCGGGCAAGCUCUUCGCCUGUGUCUCCGUGGCGUUUGUGGCCGUCACGGCCGUCGGCCUCUGUCUGAGUACCAUGCCGGACAUCCGCGCCGAGGAAGAACGGGGCGAGUGCUCUGCAAAGUGCCACAGCCUCUUCGUGCUGGAGACCGUGUGUGUGGCCUGGUUCUCCUUUGAGUUCCUGCUGCGCUCGCUGCAGGCCGAAAGUAAGUGCGCCUUCCUACGGACACCGCUCAACAUCAUCGACAUCCUGGCCAUCCUGCCCUUCUACGUGUCGCUGCUCGUCGGCCUGGCGGCGGGGCCCGCGGGCAGCAAGCUCCUGGAGCGCGCAGGCCUGGUCCUGCGCCUGCUACGCGCACUGCGCGUGCUCUACGUCAUGCGCCUGGCGCGCCACUCUCUGGGGCUGCGCUCGCUGGGCCUCACAGUGCGCCGCUGCGCGCGCGAGUUUGGGCUGCUGCUGCUCUUCCUCUGCGUGGCCAUGGCGCUCUUCGCGCCCCUUGUGCACCUGGCCGAGCGCGAGCUGGGCGCCCGCCGCGACUUCUCCAGUGUGCCAGCCAGCUACUGGUGGGCCGUCAUCUCCAUGACCACCGUGGGCUACGGCGACAUGGUACCGCGCAGCCUGCCGGGCCAAGUGGUAGCGCUGAGCAGCAUCCUGAGCGGCAUCCUGCUCAUGGCCUUCCCGGUCACCUCCAUUUUCCACACCUUUUCACGCUCCUAUUCGGAGCUCAAAGAGCAGCAGCAGCGCGCCGCCAGCCCCGAGCCGGCCCUGGGUGAGGAUAGCACGCGCGAGGACAGCACGCACUCAGCCACCCCCACGGAAGACAGCUCGCCAGACGCUGAGAGGGCGGACUCUGCCAGGGAUGAGCGAUCGCCGCCGAGGCGCUGAGCUAGUUAACCCUUCGGCCGCGCAGCACACGAACUGGCUCUGCAGCGUGUCUAAACCUAAAAACCAUGAGUUUCCGCUGUAGAGUAAUUCAUCUUUGACUUCCGAUACCAGCUUCUCAGGUGACCAGGCCUCCUCUGGGGUGGCAAAGCUCAAGCUUUGCAUGUAGGCAUUUGAACUAAGCCUUUUCCCUGCCCUCCCAGCUGGUCUGCAAACCCCAGAGCUCACCCCUCUGGAACACAUCUCUACUGGAACCACCUCUGGGACUUGACGCCUCUCCUCUCAAGACUUGGCUGGCAGACUUAGAGAGGAUGGAUGGAUCUCGUCCAAAGAGCUCCAGCAGCUCAGGUGGGGGGGGGGGGCAAAUCCUUCCACAAGUGUGAGCCUUUCUCUUCUCUGUAGGGAUGGGAAGAAUGGAACUUUACAAAUCAUGCUGCUUUGUAUUUCAUUUUAGCGAGCUCUACAACCAUACCUGAGCUACUGAAGGCCCAAGACCACCACCCAGGUCCUGCUGCACUGCUUGACAGCUUCAGGCAAGGCCACUGGUGUAUGGGGAAGCCCAUAUCAGGCCCUUGCAGCUGCGGACUCUCCUGAGAUUUCACUGCAUCCCAAUAAACAAUGCUGGCCUCUCCUG